CAUCUGUAUCUGAACGUGAGAUCUAUCGAGAUAUCCGCCAUUUUCUCCCACGCCGGAGAAUGUGGCUAUAAUUUUAUGAAAAGAUCAUAAUAAUUUACCAAUUUGAACAAUUUUUUCCACAAAGGUUGACUAUGGAGGCAGUCAGAGCUUUUAAUAAUGAGCUGUCUGGCUUGUAUGAGACGAAACCACCAGUCUCUCGAGCCAAAAUGGCCAAUGUGACCAAAGGUGCAAUAAAAGCCAUCAAGUUCUACAAACAUGUUGUCCAAAGUGUGGAAAAAUUUAUCCAAAAGUGCAAGCCAGAAUAUAAAGUACCAGGCUUAUACGUGAUAGACUCUGUUGUUAGGCAGUCACGACAUCAGUUUGGGUCACAGAAAGAUGUGUUUGCACCGAGAUUCACGAAAAAUAUCAUAACAACAUUCCAGAACCUGUUCAAGUGUCCCGGUGAAGAAAGGAGUAAGAUUGUGAGAGUGCUUAAUCUGUGGCAGAAGAAUGAUGUUUUCCCCAGUGAGAUUGUACAACCACUACUAGAUCUGGCUGCUGAUCCAACGAAACCAUCCCUCAUUGCUGCUGCUCAAGCAGCUGUAGAUGGAGUUUUAGCAGCAAGUGGAAAACCAAGUAGUAGUUCACAACAACAACAGCAACAACACCAUCAUCAUCAUCAGCAGUCCCAUCAUGCUGCACCAGCAGGGGGCGGAGAUACUGGAGAUGACGGUAUGAACCAAGCUGCUGCGGAGAGUAUGCUGGCAACACAGAAUGAUAUGUUGAACACUGUUACUCAACUGCUGCAACAAACAAACUCGGGUAGUACAAGUUUAAGCGCUCAGCAACAGUCCCUUCAGCAGUUGCAGCUCCUUCAGCAGCAGUUGAUACAGCAAACGGCACUCAUGCAACAACCAUCGGGGGGUGCCCCUCUAAUAGACGCUAACCUGUUGGCCCAGAUACAAGCGUUGACAAAUCAGCUGCUUCAAAAAACUGAAGCUAAGCCAGAUGAUGGCGGAUUUAAUAAGAAACUUCUUGACUUUGACUAUGGAGAGAGUGAUGAUGAAGAAGAUAGAAGACCGCCACAGCAGAACCUUACUGGAGAUGUACAGACAAUCCUGAAUGACUCUGGUCUGAUGCAGCAGAUACAUCAGGUUUCACAGACCAUACAGAAAAAUAAUGAGUAUACAACGGAGCUUACAGAACAAGAGAAGAGACGUAGAAUACUCGAGCAGCAACAGGCGGAAUUUGAUCACCAAAUAGCACAGGGUGUUGAGCAACCACCUCUACCUUUUGGUUCCCAGCCACCAGCCCCGGAUGCUGAAUAUGCAGAGGAAGGGGAGUAUAUGGAAGAAGUUCAAGAUGAAGAUUUCCGCGAGCACCAGCAAUUCCGAGACAGAGAUGACCGAGAUAGACGUGACCGACGCCGCAAGUCAAGGGAUAGAUCUAGGUCAAGAACACCCAAAAGACGUAGAAGAUCUCGGUCAAGAGAUCGUAGACGAAGAUCCAGAUCUAGAGAUCGCCAUAGGAGGUCAAGGUCAAAAGAUAGAGAAAAGAAAGAAAGGGAACGAGAUAGGAAGAAAAAGGGCCUUCCUCUGGUUAGAGCUAAUUUUGUUACCAUUUGCACAACUACUAUAUGGAUAGGUCAUUUAAAUAAGUUUACAUCAGAAGAGGAGCUUAAAACAGAACUAGAGAGAUAUGGCCCUGUAGAAAAUAUCAAUAUGGUUCCUCCAAGAGGUUGUGCUUAUGUAGUAAUGACAAACCGUAAGGACGCCUUCAAGGCAAUCGACAGACUUAAAGGGCAUAAAUUGAAUGGCAGUGCUUUGAAGACUGCCUGGGCACAGAGUACUGGUAUACGUGAGUCAGAGUUCAAGGACAGCUGGGAUUUAGAUGAAGGGUCAAUGUAUUUACCGUGGGACAAUCUACCAAAAGACUUAACACACUUUCUUGAUGGUGCCAUCAUAGAUGGAGCCUCACUACCUGAACACCUCAAAGAUAUCCCAACAGAAAAAGUUAAAAUAGAACAAUCAGAACAGACUACCACCACUGCUGGUCAGGUAUCCAAUUCGGCUGGAAUGAUUAGCAUGCCAGGCCAACCACAGUUACCCCAGAUGCCAGGUCAACCACCAAUGAUGGGUAUGAUGCCAGGGAACAUGCCACCUAUGCCAGGUAUGAUGCCUGGAAUGAUGAUGCCAAUGCAGAGGCCAGUAGUGCCAGGCAUGCCACCUCAACCCAUGACCAUGACCCCAGGAGCACCACCCCAAAUGAUGCCAGGAUCUCAAGUCCCAACCAUGCCAGGAGUCCGACCUCCUGGUGCAGGAGUAAUACCUCAAAUGCCAGCCAUGAGUAUACCCAGUACAGCAGCUGCCAACUCCCUAGCACAAACCAUACAAAAUAUCAUGUCUACAACAGCUGGUGUUAUACCAAGCUCUCCAUCAGUGCCACCACGGCCUACUGGGCUUUUACCUGGAAUGAGCCCUGGUGGUCCCAGAUUUGGCUUCAAUCCUAACAUGCCACCACCUGGGUUCAGACUUCCACCACCAGGUUUUGGGAGUCCGAUGAGACCACUUUUAGGUGGUCCUCCGGCUAGUAUGCCACCAGUUACCAAACAAUCAGAGUCUAGUCAGCUAGGUGAGCGCUUAUCAAUGCUGGCUGGUCAAGGAACUAAACAGCCAGAGAUGGCGUGGCCACCAGACAGCAAUGAUAAAGAUGAUGACAUGGAAGAAGACGAUGAUAUAAAUGAAGACAGAUCAGAAAUAAUUCAAAACAAUACCUCGUUGCCCCCUGGCGGUCAGUUUGGAAGAGCUGCAAAUAUGCCACCUAGAGGUAUGGAUCAGUCUCCUAUGAGAAUGAUGGGACCUCCACCUCCUGGAGGGUUUCCACCAGGUGGGCCUCCUGGUCCAACUAAUCAACCAUGGAACAUGCCCCCGAGAAUGGGAGGGCCAAGAGGAAUGAGGCCCCCAAUGGGGGGCCCUAAUAUGGGCCCAAUGGGAAAUCAAGACAGAUUUGGUGGACCUAUGAAUCAAAUGAUGGGCGGUCCAGGGCCUAGAGGGCCGCCUUUUAUGGGAAAUAUGCCAGGAGGACCAGGUUUUCAACGUUUUGGUGGCCCAAGGGGUCCUGGAAACAUUAGAGGUCCAGUGUCGCUGCUGGAUCUUGAUUUAAAACCAAAAGACACUUUUGUUGGCGAAUCAUUCAAAAAUGAGGAAGGGUCAAUUCCUGAAGAAGAUAUGGUUGAAGAGGAAGAUACUAAUAUUCAAGAGGAAAAUUAUAAUGAAAAUGAACAGGACGAACCUGAAGAAGGGUCAAAUGAUUGUUAUCCGUUUAAUAACUGGACAUCGGUGAAUAGAAAUAACAAUGGUGACAGAAAUAGAGACAGGUCUGGUGGGUAUGAUAGGUCAAACAGAGGACGUGAUCGUGAACGAGAUAGGGAUGAUGACGACAGGGAUCACGACAGGCGUGACUCAAGGGAUAGAGAUAGACAUAGAUCACGUGAUCAUGGAAGAUCACGUGAAAGAGAUCGCAGUCGGGAGAGAGAACGUGAUCGUGGUGACAGAGACCGUGAUUGGAAGCGAAGAGAUGACCGGCGUGAUGACAGACGUGACAGAGACCGUGAUCGUAGUGAUAGAGACCGGUCACGAAAAAGUAGAUGGAGUGAUAAUGAUAUUGAGAAACAAAAUACAGAGGAAAAAUCAGACGAUGCAACAUUAGCUCAAGGAGAAAAGAAAGUAACAGAUGCUGGAGAAGAAACUAAUGUUGAAAAUUCAGGAAGUAUACCAGAAAUUGUGCCACCAGCUGAGCCCAGUGAAAAAGUUAUUGAAAAAGUUAGUAAUGAUAAUGAAAAUAGUAAUGUUACACAAGAAGCAACUGAUAAUAAAAAUAGUGAAGUUUUAAAUGAAAGUGUUAACGAAACUAAAAAUGAAGAUUUAGAUAACAACACCAAUAAUAACAAAGAAAAUAUAGAACAGGAUGAAAACAUCGAGCAAAAUGCCAAUAUAGAGAAAACUGAAGUCUCAGAAGACAUAAAGCAGAUGGAAAAUGGAAAUGAAUCCAGUCAAAAUAAUGGCCCAAUUAGUGAGGAUAAAAUAGAAACAGUGUCAGAAAAUAAAAAUGUAGAACCUGAAAAAGUUUCAGGUGAAUGUACAGAAAAUGUGCAACAAAAUGUUGACAUGGACUUGGAAGAAGGUGAAAUAUCGAGCUAGGGUUAAUCAGUGUUAUAGUUUUCUCAUGGAGUGUGUUCAUUACAUUACUUGGAAUGAAUAAAUAACGUCUUUCAGAAUGUUCUAAUGUCAGCAUUUUUCACUCAUGUAUGGAUGCAAAAAUGUUUCCUUUUCAUGCUUAUGCAAGAAUGUGACCAGUUGUCAUAUCAUAAACAUUUAAGAUGAUUGAAAAAAAAAUGAAGAAAAAAAUGCUUGUUUUGAGCAGUACUGGUGCUGAAAAUAUCUAAGUAAUAAUUAUUUUGGGUUCAGAAAGAAAUUGAAGAAUUGUUAAUUCAGUGGUUCAUUAAUGGAAAAAUACAACAUGUAUUUUUCAUAGCUUUUUUUUUCUUUUCUGUUAUAACAUUUGAUGAUUUUUAUUUUUUACAUUUGAUGAAAUCAUUUGUUAACCAAAGUCAUGAGUUUAAAAUUGUUAAAUUGUUUUUUUUUUCUCAAAUGGAUUGUUUUUUUAAAGUUUUAAGAAAAUGUUCCUUUGUUUAAUAGCUAUCAUGUUACAAGUAAGGUGUGUAAGUUUUACACAUUGAGAUAUUUGUUGAUUCUCUUUGACAUUCUUCAGCACACAAUGUUCUUUUUGUAUUUUGAUAUUUGUGGGAAUAAUGGCCAAUCUAUCAUAUUAAUGGGGAAAUAAGACAUAAACUUUCAUUUUCUUUUUAAUUCAUUAUCUACAAAGACCUGGAAUGGAUUACUAUACUUAAGUGCCAAUAUUGAUGAAAUUAGAAUUGAAUACAUAUGCUAUUGAUAGGUUGGGACUAGAAAUUUUUUAUUAUUAUUCAACAUAAAUUUUAUUACCAGUAACAGUUCAUUCGGAUAUCUACUAAUUUUACAAAUUACCUUAAUCGGCUUUUUACUAGUUAUCUUUAAUUCUUUGGGUUUGGUGCUACAAACCAGAAAAUCAAGACUAAUCUUGAACCUUGCAUGUUGGUCAUUUUCAUUUCAAUUUGGCAUUGGCAAAGCGACAUGCCAGAUUUUUAUACAAGAUUUCAUUCUCAUUAUUUUGUGCAUUCAGCCUCAUCUUUUCAUGUAACUGUAAAAAUGUCAUUACUGGUGCAAACGUUGUAAUUCUAUAAGCAGAUGUGAUGGUGAAAACAUAGUGUAUUUUAUUUGUAAAUUUCCGCAAUUUUAUAUUUUAUAAAAUAAUUGAUUUAAAAUUUAUCUUUGCAUGCAUUAUUAUGCAAAUGCGUAUAAUGAAUUGUGAUCUCCUCUAUGGGGAAGAAAAAGUAUGGAAAAAAACCUAGAAAAAAAUAAAUAAAACAAAAUAAUUGUUUCUUUGUACAUUAUAAUUCAAAAGCAUAUAUGAUUAUUCUGUGGCAAUAUGUGUGUCUGAUAUUGUUGGAAUGAUCAUGGAUUUUUUUAAUCCGAUCAGUCGAAAAAUAAUGAUGUCAGUUUCCAAAGUUUUUGACAAGUAAAGCUGCCCCUGGUCUUGUUAGCCAUAAUGUAGGCCAGUCUUUAUUACAUUUACAACAAGGUUAAACAUCCUAGUCUAUGUUUAUGUCACGAAAAAUAUAUCGAUAAUGGUCACUCCUUUGCCAUAAAAAGUAUAUCCAUAAAAGAAAAGACUUAAGUGGUCAUCGAACCUUUGACAUAGAGGAAUCCAGUCAUUAACCUUAAGAUGCUCCCAACGGUCGACCACCCCAUGAUGUACCUUUUUGCCAGUUGAUCAAGUCAAGGUAGGAAAAUAAGUGUAGAUAUUGAAAGUUUGCUGACAUUUUCUGUUGUGUUUCAUUCAUGCUACAUUUAACUUUGAAUAAAAUUUGAAAAUUUAUUUCCUUUUCCAUUUGAUGACUUGGAUCCUUUUUGUUGAAACUACAAAUUUACAGUUUUUGAGUGAUUUUGAAUACAUAAAAUUUCACAUGGUAAAAUUGGUUGAAGUUGCUGUUAAGGAACAAAAUGAUGUUUUAUUCUGAGUUAAGUGUAGUUUUGGUUAAGAAUUGUUUUAUGUGCUUGUGUAGUUUGUCCAAUUUGUAAAGAUGAAAAUUUUUUGGAUUUUCCUUAUCCUUAAAAAUGUUUAUAUUUCAAGUCCCUUUCAAAUGUUAUUUAUGUAUAUUGCUUUUGUAUAUUGUAUUGUUAAGGGAAGAAUGAUGUUAUAAGGUAGGUUAUAUUAUGUAUAUAUUUCAACGCUGGAGGAUUCUACAGGAAAAAUUGGACAGAAAUUCGGGGAUAAUAUGAGGAAAAUGACAUUGACUUUUGAGAAGUGUGUUUUGCAGUGAGGUAUGUGAACAUUGACAAAUUGUAUAUAUGAUUUAGUUUAGUUUAUAUAUUAGUGUAUUCAUUAUAUAGAUCGAAAUAAAAGUUUUGUACAGUUA